AUGAAUUAUUCGAAAUAUGAUGAAGCAGUUAGAAUUUUAUUCAGUACCAACCAAAAUGAUGCUUCUCAAUUGCAAGAAGCUAACGAUUAUUUGCGUGAAAAUGAAUAUUCUCCACAAUCCUUUCAAUGGACAAUAGAUAAACUUCAAACUACAACUGAAAAAACGAUAGUUAAGCAUGCAGAAAUCCUACUAACCCACUGGUGUGCAAAUGCGUGGGAACAAAUUCCAGCAGAUUUAAUUGACCAACUGAGACAAGCAUUAUUUCUUUCGAAAUUCAUGUCAAACAACGAUAUAGAUCAAUCUUUACUUAAUAUUAUAGGUACAAGCCAAGUUUCAUUCGUUUUAAAAAUGUAUCCGCAAUAUUGGCCAUCAUUUUGGUCAGAUUUCCUAGAAGUUGCCGAUGGAAUGGUAUACACAUUCCUCUUAGCACUAAAAGAUUACACAAAAGCAUUAAAUUUACGAGAUCAAUUACAAUAUCGUGAUUUCAAGAAUGCGAUGCGUCAGGAUGGAUCAGAUAAGCUACUUGCAGACUAUAUAAUAUCAAGACUACCAUCUUAUGACAAGAAAUGCUUUGAAAUCUACAUUUAUUUAAUUUCUUGGAUAAAUUUCAAUUUUAUCUGGACAACAGAUACUCUUGAAGUUCUCAACAACACUCUAUCAAGUCCAGAUACUAUUACAUACGGAAUUCGCUGUUUAUCAGCAUUAAUUGAAAGAGGAAUGCCAGAUGAAGAAAAAACAAGUUUAAUUCAAAGUUUACAGAUCCCAGAAAGAAUUUCUGCAAUAAUAGAAACAGAUAACGAAGAAAUUAUUACAGAAAUUGCUUCUUUAUUAAGAUCAAUUUCAAAAUCAACGAAACAUCCUGAAAUUAUUCAAGAAUUUGUUGGUUUCGCAUUGACAAUAUUUGAAAUGAAUACCUAUGACUCUUCUUUGAAGAUUUUGGACUUUUUUGAAAAAUAUUUGAAAAUAAAUUCAGAAAAUUCAGUUCUAAUCUUUGAAUUAUGUUAUGCAAAGCUGGCCUUAUAUUUCGAGAACGACUCGGUUAUUGAUGAUAUCCUUCCAAUCAAGAUUUCGGAGAUAAUUUCAAAAAUUAAAAAAUUAUCUCCAGAAAUAAAUGAAAAUUUCGUCAAAAAGAUAUCAUCAUCGGAUACAUUGCAGGAUACAUGUGCAUGUCUACUCAUUUGUUCCACUGUUUACAAAGAUAAUUCGUGUAAUGAAAUUUCAAUUUCGGCAAUUUUGACAUUUAGUGAAGUUUUAGACUUUUCUGUUCCAUUUGAGUAUGACCAACAGCUUUCUGCUGUUAUCCUUUAUUCAUCAUUCCUUUCUUAUUGCGCAAAUUUGUUUGAAGGAAAAACAAUUUUUGAAUUCUUUGAGAAAUUAGUUUAUUUUUCUGAAUGUGAUGUUUCAUCUGCAUUAAUUAAUCUCUCCAAGAACAAAAACAUCCACGAAUUCAUUACAAAUGACUUCGUUGUCACUUUGGCUUCAACAAGAAACGAAUCUUUACUCAAAUGCGCAGCAAUUUUCAUUGAAUACCUCAAAGAUGGUCAAGAUGAGGUACUAGGAACAAUUAUUGGCCUUCUUCAGGGAUUUUUGAUGGAAGAUAACGAAAAUUUAUUUGAUAAUGCGAAAAAAGUUCUUCUUUUCAUAAAAUCCGUGAAUAGUGAAAGCAUUGAAGGAUAUUCUGAUUAUGUCUAUCCACUUUUGACUGAAUAUCAACAAUGUUUUUCACAAGAUGAUAUUAUUUUCGCAGAAUACAUUGAAACUUUGUCCAUUGCAAUAGGAAAUGACUCAUUAAAGAUUCUGUUAUCACUAAUUAGCUCAAUUAAUGGAGUUUAUUCAUUAAUUAGUAUUUGUAAUUCUUUGAAACGUUGUUUUACAAAAGAUAAUAGUGAAUGGGUUACUUCAGUCUUUGAAACAAUAAUGGAUGGUGUUAUUGAAGAAUUUAAUGAAGAAAUAGAUUGGAAUUGCGAAAAUGAAGAAAAAACUAUUUCAAUUAAUCUUCUUAUAUCAUUUAUCUCAUUUUGUUCAACUGUUUUCGAAAGAAUCGGAUAUAAUGAGAGAUUAUUCGUCUUCAUUUCGAAUACAUUUGUUGAUCGAUGCGAUCAACCACUAAUUUUAUCAUGUUUAUGUGAUUUCUGUGCAGUUGUUGCUAAUAAUGAUCCAAAACUUGCUUCAGGAUUCAUGAUUCCGAGUAUCUCUUUUCUAUUGUAUUCCGGAUUCGAUCCUGUCCUUAAUUUGUGGAAGAAUGUUGUAAGAUCUGCUGCAGAAUUUCAUAGGAUUCUAGUUACGAGCGAAGAAAGUUCGAUAAUUGUAAAUUCUUUCCAAGAGUUAGGAUUUGACGAAAAUUACGCAACAAACUACAUUGAAAUAUUCAAACUCCCACGACAAAUGCAUGGGAAACAAGCAAUUAAGCUUUUUUCUGAUAUGAAGCACUUAAUUAACUCAUAG